UUCUCAUACUGUUCUUUCCGUUUGGUUCGGCUGCAAAUGCAGGCCGUCUGUGUUGCAAUAAAGUGUUUUUAAUGUUUGGAGCAUAAUUGCGAAUUUGAAGAAGUAUCGUCGCCUCAGACUUCAUCCAUUUUCGAAAAGGAAACAUUCAAGAGCAUUGCUUCAUUGUGUUCUAUUCUCAAAUUAUAUUUAUACAGUAAAAUGAUUUCUUCUAACCUAUUGAUCAGGAUGAGAGCAGGUCAUCAAUGGGCAGCAGCCAAGUGCAUACUGUCGUCUCCUUUAUCCUCGCUCAAUAAGCUGUGCGCCAGGGGUUUGUCAAAUAACCUAGCCCUUGUAACCAAAAUCCAUAGAGAGUCAUUUUUAAGAACAUAUCCAACUCUUGUAGUCCAAGCGGAUGGGUCAUCAUUUUACAUUCGUUACCAAGAGCCUCGCUCUAUUAUACAACUGCCGCUUGAUGUUUCAACUUUGACACCUGAAGAAUUAAAAAUUAGAUUAGCCAAAAGGAACCCGAAAAAGAAGGUUGUUUAUGCCAAAGAAGAAGAGGACACGUAUCAAGCGUCGAAAUAUAUCAGACUCGUCAAAAAGGCAAAAAAGGCAGCUGUAAAAAACUAAUGUUCCACCGCAAUAGAAAUAAUUAUGUAAAUAGAGUAGUUACAUUAAGCUAA